GGUUUUCCAUGAAUGGGAGUUGGCUAUCUCAUGUUUGACCUGUCCCGUUUGAUUGGAGGUGAUGAUAGUGUUAGAGAGCAAUUGUGGUAGAGUGUCUUGUUUUAUAGCCCUUUUAGUGGUUUUAAUAGCCGUCGCUUUACAGAUUUUAGAACAUUCAGAAUCCAUUGAUGUUUCAAGCAUGGACAUGAAUACCUUACAAGACACCUUUAGAGGAAAAAAUAAAAGCUGUUUUAUUCUUGGUGCCUCUGGGGAAUCAGGAAAAGCACUGCUCACAGAAAUUGUGGAAAGAAAACUAUUCUCCAGAAUCACACUCAUCGGUAGACGGCAGCUAACAUUUGAAGAUAAAGCCUUUGAGAAUGUGGUUCAGGAAGUUGUUGACUUCGAGAAGUUGGAUGACUAUGCUGCAGCAUUUCAAGGCUAUGAUGUGGGAUAUUGUUGUCUGGGAACAACCAAAGCUAAAGCUGGGACAGAAGGUUUCAUUCGUGUAGACCAUGACUACGUUCUCAAAUCAGCAGAGCUCGCUAAGGCAGGAGGCUGCUCUCACUUCAAUCUUGUGUCAUCAAAAGGCGCGGACAAAACAAGUGGCUUCCUAUACCUCAAAGUCAAGGGACAGGUAGAGGCUGAUAUUGAGAAAUUGGACUUUGAGCGCUAUUCCAUCUACCGACCUGCAGUUCUCCUGGUGGAUAGACAAGAGAGUAGACCAACGGAAUGGAUGGCAAGGAAGUUCCUUGGGGCGUUCUCUAGUGUGUUUCCGACCGCAAUGUCGAUUCCGAUCACAUCAGUCGCCAGGGCCAUGUUGGCCAAUACUGUUAUCCAGGAAGAGAAGAAGGUAGAAAUCCUGGAGAACAAGGCAAUUUAUGACCUUGGGAAACUGGGGCAGAAAUGAAAGAAGUUGUUGUAUUUAUGACAGUUAAACUUUUUUAGUUAUAACAUCUGUGCCUAAGGCAUGAUGUGCACUUUGUAUGUUGGUGAAAGGGAAUACAAAUAUAUUUAUAUAUGAUGAUUUCAAUCCAUUGCACUUGAAAAACUGAAGAGAAAGAGAAAGAGAUUCAUAUAUUGCCAUGUAAUUGAUAUCAUUUGACUACCACUGUUUGCAUACAUACUGUACAGUAUAUACACUGCCACUAAUAUCACAUGGCAGCUAAACCUUGGACAAUACAAAACAUCAGUGUGUUACCUGAAUUUUCAUUUGGUUAAUAAAGACUUUGUAAUAUUGCA